ACAUUGUGAAUAUUACAUUGUAUUUUUGAAAAGUGCACCACAAAAUACUAAGUUUAUAAACGUUACGAGAAUUUUCACAGCGCUAUUAUUUUCAGAUCGAUUAUGUCUCACUACACUAUAGAAAAAUGUUUGACAAUGGCUUGGAUAGUAGGGGCUCAUCCAGAUAUGAGACACAACAAAUGUCAGCUAUCCAUUUUUGUAGCAUUGGCGAUUGGUAACUGGAUCACCAUAUAUUUAAUAAUCAGUCUGUUAUUCUAUAAAGAAGACACUAUAACUAUUGGUGAUUUUGCUGAAACAUUCUCUGGAAUGUCCUUGGUUAUACACGGUAUCCAACGUAGUUUCUCUUUAUUCUUCAACAGAAAACAGAUUUCCGAAAUGCUCCAAUACGUCAGAUCCACAUUUUGGAAAGAGUCUGACUUGGAUGUGACAGACGAGGAAAAGUACAUUUGCAAAAUAUACUACAGCAAACUAAAAAUCGCCAUGUACAUCUUCGCCUGCUCAUGUACUUCGAAUCUUUUCGGAUUUUGUUGCCAGACUUUUUUUUCUGAUGAGGAUAUUUUACCUUUGGCUUGUUAUAAGCCGGAAUGGGUACCCUUCUAUUCCUUUUGGUUUUUGCAGGUCCUUGUGAUCUUUUUCGGUGUUAAUAUGGCAGUCAUUUGUUUCGACACCUUGAUUAUGACUUUGAUUGUACUGACUCAUAUACAAUUCAGAUUGUUAAAUCACGAAGUUGAGAAUUUGUACUCAUAUGGACUUGGACAAGGAAAUCGAAAAUAUUUUGUUAAUAAGUUGAAGAAAAUCGUCAGACAUCACAAUUUUCUGUUAGAGUUUACACAAAAGAUAAAUAUGACCUUUUCUGAGACAUUUUUAACAUACAUGGGUAUAAUUAUUAUAGUAAUUUGUAUAGAGAUGUACAACUUAUCAACAGGUGAUCCUUAACUGAAAACAUCAACCCAUGAGAAAUGUUUACGCAUCCAUCAUAGAUAUUAUUCAAUCUGCUUUUAUUUGUCGGCCCA